AUGAGCGAGGCGAGCGAGGCUCUGAAGCUGAAAGAUGUGUUUGCGACUGAAAACGCGGCGCUGUCGUCGACUGUGGAGCGCCUCGAGGCGCAGAAGCGCGACCUGCGGGCGCAGACGAGCGAGCAGCGGGACCAGGUCGCGAAGGAAAGACCAAGAGCGCCCUCGUUGAACAGCAUUCGCGAAUUCUCGUCUCUCAUUCAACCUCGUAUUUCCCAACCCCCCGCCCCCGGCCGCCGCCGCCCUGCAGCUCCAGGACUCCGUCCGCAGGCUGUCCGCGGAGCUCUCGCGCGCGAAGCAUGA